AUGGCGUCUAAAACAAGACCCACAGCAAAUUUCAGCGAACAAGAAAACCUUUUAUUGGCUGAAUUGGGUAGAGACUAUGACAGUGAAACCGCGUUGACAAAAAAGGCAAAGGCAUGGGAUGAAAUUUUAACUAAAUUUAACUCCGAAAAUCCUAACGGUAUCAAACGCAACCUCAGUCAGCUUCCUGGAUGCUGGAGGCGGCUGAAACUCCAGUCGAAAAAGAGCAUGACUUACAUCGUCGUGAAGCAAGAAAAACUAGUGAAGUCUCGGGUUGUUGGUCAAGCUCCACAUGAAAAAAACUUUCACAUAUUUUACCAAAUACUUCGUGGCUGCACAGAAGAGGAAAGAGGACAUUUUGGCCUUAAGGGAAAAGUAGAGGAUUAUUACUACUUAAAUCAAAAUGAUGUGCACGUGACUGAUGACAAAGAUGACAGGAAAUACUACAUGGCAACGAAAAACGCAAUGAACGUCGUUGGUCUGGACGCUGUCAAACAAAACACAGUAUUCCAGCUCCUGUCCGCCAUAUUACAUCUUGGCAACAUUGAGUUUGAAGAAAAUAGGAAUGUAGCAUUUCCAGCUAAUGAGAAGUUGGUAGAAUACCUCGCUCAGUUGUUGGGAGUGAAUCAAGAAAACCUACAGGAAAAGUUAGUCAGUGUAUUCACUGAAACUCGUUGGGGCGGACGAGUUGAAAUAACAAAGAAAACAAACAACAAAGAUCAGGCUGUGAUGGCCCGUGAUGCUCUUGCCAAAGCUUUGUAUUCACAUCUGUUUGAUUACCUUGUUAAGGUUAUUAAUGAUGCCAUGCAGAAAGAAAAAGACAAUUUAUCCAUAAGCAUACUGGACAUCUCUGGCUUUGAAACAUUUAAAGAAAACGGCUUCGAACAGUUUGUUAUCAACUACGUGAACGAAAAAUUGCACCAAGUAUUUGUGGAACUUACACUCAAGAUAGAGCAGGACGAAUACGCUAGAGAAGGUAUUUCAUGGAAACAUGUGGAUUACAUCGAUAACAAGAUUGAUUGUGAGCUCAUUGAAAGCAAGGCAUGUAAUCACACCAAGCAAACCUUGGCAAAGCAAUUUCGUUUCAUUACAUCCGUUUCUGCUGUAUGUUACCGGACAUGA